UCCUUUCAGCGAACGAGAAACGGAGAAAGUAUUGACUUCACUUGGGACAAGUGAGAAGUCAAGAGUUGGUGCUUUACCACAUAUACCCCUCCCUAUCACCCCAGAUUGCCACAAGCGUUUCAUAACUUUCAUUUCCAGGAAAUCGAAACUGCUCGCGUUGUUCACAGUCACUCACACUCACUCACAUUGGUGCAGAGAGAGAGAGAGACCUAAACUAAAACCCUAAAUUCCAUAGCUGCAGCAAAGGCAUUGAUCGUUCGGCAUGGGUCACGUAGGUUCCAGCAAGGACGGCACCAAGGUGGGGCUGUCCGCUGCUGCGAUGGACAUCGACGACGACGACGACGACGACCUCGGCGACGUCGACCUAGACCCUACGAGCUCCGAAAUCCUUGAAGAACUCGGCGAAGACAUGGUGAAAUACUGGUGCAAGAAAGCGUCGAUGCUGUUCUUCGACGAGUACGGUCUGAUCAGCCACCAGAUCAACUCCUUUAACCACUUCGUCGCCAUCGGCCUCCAAAACACCUUCGACUCCUUCGGAGACCUAGUCGUAACUCCCGGUUUUGACCCCUCCAAGAAGGGAGAAAACGAACACUUCCGUUACGCCUCCGUUAAGUUCGGCAAGGUGAAGCUCGACAAGCCCAUGUUCUGGGGCGGUGAAGGGAAUGCGCAGGAGUUCAAGAUGCUUCCGAGACACGCGAGAAUCCAGAGGAUGACCUACGCUUCCAAAGUCAAAAUCCAAGUUAAAGUUCAGGUGUAUGUUCCGAAGAAGGUUCGGAGUGAUAAGUUCAAGACUGGGAAAGAGGAGUUCCUUGAUAGAGAGAUUAUGAAGGAAGACGAGAGGGAAAUCAUCAUUGGGAGAUUGCCAGUCAUGGUCAAGUCUGAUUUGUGCUGGAUGAAAGACGCGGAAAAGGAUGAUGAUGAAUUUGACCAUGGAGGUUAUUUUAUCGUUAAGGGUGCAGAGAAGACUUUUAUUGCACAGGAGCAACUGUAUUUAAAGAGGCUAUGGGUUAUGAACAGUCCAGGGUGGAUGAUUGCCUACAAGUCACAGAUGAAGAGAAACAGGAUGGUUAUUAAACUGGUAGGCAAUUCCAGGAGUGAAGAAGUGGAGAAUGGGGACAUGUGUCUUACUGUAUAUUUUUUGUCUGUUGAGGUUCCUGUGUGGGUACUGUUUUUUGCUCUCGGUGUCUCAUCUGACAAAGAGAUUGUAGAUCUCAUUGGUUGUGGCAAUGAUGAUGUCAGAAUUCAGAAUAUCCUCUUUGCAUCUGUUCGUGAUGCUGAUGAGAAAUGUGGAGCAUUUCGAAGAGUUAGGAAUGCUGUUCAAUAUUUAGAAAAAUGUGUAAAAAGUGUUCAAUUUCCACCUUCGGAAUCUAUGCAGGAGUGCCUUGAAAUGUAUGUCUUUCCUGGAAUUAGUGGUUUAAAUAGAAAGGCGCGCUUCCUUGCAUAUAUGGUGAAAGGUCUCUUGCUGGCUUAUACUGGCCGCAGAAAAUGCGACAACAGGGAUGAUUUUCGAAAUAAGAGGCUUGAAUUGGCCAGUGAGCUUCUUGACCGUGAGUUGAAAGUGCAUGUUGCACAUGCUCGGAAGCGAAUGGCAAAGGCUUUGCAGAGAGACCUUUAUGGAGAUAGGGACGUACGCCCAAUUGAACAUUAUCUUGACGCGUCCAUAAUUACAAAUGGCUUGCAAAGGGCAUUUUCAACAGGAGCGUGGUCACAUCCGUAUAAGAGGAUGGAAAGGAUCUCAGGUGUGGUUGCAAAUGUUGGGCGCACUAAUCCCUUGCAAACCAUGGCUGAGUUAAGAAGAGCAAGGCAGCAGGUCCAGUACACAGGAAAAGUUGGGGAUGCUAGAUAUCCGCAUCCUUCUCACUGGGGCAAGGUUUGUUUCCUCUCUACCCCAGAUGGUGAAAAUUGUGGACUAGUAAAAAAUUUGUCUGUCACAGGAUUAGUAAGUACUGAUGUAACUGACGUAACUGAAUCUAUACUGCCAAAAUUGGUGGAUUGUGGAAUGCAAGAACUUGUUGAUGAUACUUCCACUCAUCUUGGCAGCAUGGACAAAGUCCUCCUAAAUGGUGAUUGGGUUGGAGUGUGUCCCGAUUCCAGUUCGUUUGUGGCAGAGCUACGAAGUAGAAGACGCAGAAAUGAGCUGCCUCAUCAGGUGGAAAUCAAGAGAGACCAAUCUCAGCAUGAAGUGCGCAUAUACUCUGAUGCAGGAAGGAUUCUACGUCCUCUUUUGGUUGUUGGUAAUCUACUGAAGAUUAAAGGAUUUAAAUCAGACCGUUACUCUUUCCAGUCUCUAUUGGACAAAGGUGUUAUUGAGCUGAUUGGACCUGAAGAAGAGGAAGACUGUUGUACUGCCUGGGGUGUUGAGUAUUUAUUUGGAAAAGAAGGAAAACGAUCUGUAAAGUACACUCACUGUGAACUUGAUAUGUCAUUCUUAUUGGGUUUAAGCUGUUCACUUGUACCAUUUGCUAAUCAUGACCAUGCAAGGAGGGUGCUCUACCAGUCUCAGAAGCACUCCUCACAGGCAAUUGGCUUUUCUACAACAAACCCGAACAUUAGAGUUGAUACUUUGUCUCACCAGUUACACUAUCCCCAAAAGCCCCUUUUUCGAACAAUGACUUCAGAUUGUCUUGGAAAACCAGACCAUUCACUGGGUCAAAGUAAAAUACCUCCAAAGGCAGAAUUCUAUAAUGGGCAGAAUGCAAUUGUGGCUGUCAAUGUACAUCUGGGAUACAAUCAAGAGGAUUCCCUGGUGAUGAACCGUGCUUCACUGCAGCGUGGUAUGUUCAGGUCUGAGCACAUAAGGAGUUACAAAUCUGAAAUUGACAAUAAGGAAUCUUCAGAUAAGAAGCGAAAACCUGAAGACAUUGUAAAUUUUGCAAAGCUACAAAGUAAAAUUGGCCGAGUUGAUAGCCUUGAUGAUGAUGGCUUUCCAUAUGUUGGCGCUAAUCUCCAAAGCGGUGAUAUUAUUAUUGGGAAGUGUGCUGAAUCCGGUGCAGACAAUAGUGUAAAGUUAAAGCACACUGAAAGGGGUUAUGUGCAAAAGGUUGUGCUGUCUUCAAAUGACGAGGGGAAAAAUUUUGCUGUGGUUUCAUUAAGACAGGUUCGUAGUCCAGUUCUUGGAGACAAGUUCUCCAGUAUGCAUGGUCAAAAGGGAGUUUUGGGAUUUCUGGAGUCUCAGGAAAAUUUUCCUUUCACAAGACAAGGCAUUGUUCCUGAUAUUGUCAUAAAUCCGCAUGCAUUUCCCUCACGACAAACUCCUGGGCAACUCCUAGAGGCUGCUUUAGGAAAGGGGAUUGCUUGUGGUGGUAUACUGAAACAAGCUACGCCUUUCUCCACUCCUUCUGUUGAUGCCAUUACUGAACAGCUUCACAGAGCUGGGUUUUCAAGAUGGGGAAAUGAGAGGGUAUACAAUGGAAGGACUGGUGAGAUGGUUCGAUCACUCAUUUUUAUGGGACCAACAUUUUACCAACGUCUGCACCAUAUGUCUGAAGACAAAGUGAAAUUCCGGAACACUGGUCCAGUUCACCCGUUGACCCGACAGCCUGUAGCUGACAGAAAACGAUUUGGAGGUAUCAAGUUCGGUGAGAUGGAGCGUGAUUGCCUAAUAGCUCAUGGUGCAUCAGCCAACCUGUAUGAACGCCUGUUUACACUCAGUGACUCCUCUCAGAUUCACAUCUGCAGCAAAUGCAAAAAUGUUGCAAAUGUGAUCUUGCGGCCAGUGUCUGGUGGACGGAAAAUACGAGGACCUUAUUGCCGUCACUGUGAAUCUGCGGAUGACAUUGUGGUGGCCCAUGUCCCGUAUGGGGCUAAGUUAUUAUGCCAGGAGCUCUUUAGCAUGGGCAUAAAUCUUAAAUUUGAAACCCAACUUUGUUAGACAACACUAUUAGUGUCUCUUUUGUACAUUUCCUUUAACUUAAUGAAUUCAGUGUAGAUAUCACUCUCGUUCGUGGAUGUUUCUUUGAAUGCCAGCGAGUUAGGAGUACUGCAUGAUAUCCUGAGCUUAACUUGAAUGUCAUUGCAUCUCUUUUAUCUUGUUA